AUGAAGCAAUACUUGAUCUACUUUGCUCAGGCCUACACAAACUUCCGCCUUCCAGAGUUGGAAUCUUUAGCGGUACUACACAGUAUCAAAGUUGACUUAUCACACCACUCUGAGCUCACUCCGUUCUUAAUCGUUGAAUUAGAAAAUGAUGAGCAGGCAAAGAAGUUGGUGGAGAGAGCUAUGUUAACCCGUGGUAUCUAUGAGCUAUGGGGCUCUACCGGAAACGACUCCGUCAGCCAGUUACAUGAAAAUAUCCAAUCACAAUCUUUCUUCGAAGAAAGAAUCAGGAUCUAUGAGCAGAACUCGUUCAAGUUUGAAUUCAUCGGGUUCAAGGGUUCGAGAGAGAAAAAGGAAAUGGUUGAUAUCAUUGAAUCCUUCCAAUAUACUGCCUUCAAGGGUCCUGUCCGCAUGAAGAAUCCUGACCAAGUCUUUACUGUCUUAGAGGAGUACACUGUUCAGGGCCAGAACUCCACUGACAAGCCAGACAGAAUGUGGUUUGGGAGACAAAUUUCCCUCACAGACAGAACCACUGGUGUGUUGGACGAGUAUGAUCUCCGUAGGAGAAAGUAUAUUGGGACCACUUCGUUUGACGCUGAGUUGGCAUUGGUCAGUUGCAAUAUCGGUGGUGUCGACAAGGGAAAGAUCAUGUGUGAUCCCUUUACUGGGACCGGAUCGUUCUUGGUUGCUGCUGCUCACUAUGGUGGGAUUGCAUUUGGCUCUGAUAUCGAUGUCAGGGCAUUGAAAGGUAAAGGACAACGCACCAUUCAAGCCAACUUCAAACAGUAUGGUACGUCAUUGUAUUUAGGUGACAUUUUCACUAUGGACUUUACCCACAACUGUUUCCGCAAGGAUUUUGUCAUUGACUCCAUUAUCUGUGACCCUCCGUAUGGCAUCAGAGAAGGACUCAAGGUCUGUGGUGUUAAAGAUGCCGCCAAGGCAGAGGGUAAGGAAAACGUUAUUAUUAACGGUGAAAAGGCCUUCUUGAGAAAGGACUUUGUGCAACCUAAGAAGCCGUAUGAGUUGAGUGCCUUGUUGGAUGAUUUAUUGCAGUUUGCCAGUGAAAGAUUGCCAGUGGGCGGGAGAGUGGCUUUCUGGACUCCAACCGCCGACGACGAUUUCAUCCCAACUCAAAUUCCUCAACACGAGCAAUUGGAAUUGUUAUACAAUCUCGAACAGAACUUUCAUAAAUGGAGCAGAAGAUUGCUCGUCUACGUCAAGAGAGAUGCAUCUUACAAGGGUGUCACGAAGAAUGCCACCGUUGGCGAUAACUUCAGAGAGAGGUACUUCCAGUCGUUCAAUUAA